GGAGCGGAUUGAGCCAAUCGGAAGCCGCCUCCAAGCUGGGAUGGGGAUGGCUGCGUGUUUCCGGAAGACGUGGCGGCUGUCUCUUGGGUUGCUUCCCGGCUUCAGACUCGCGUCUUUGCUUCACGCCCUGGGCUCCUCGAGGUGCUGUCCUCACCCCAGCAAGGACGCCAGCAGCCAUGAUCUCCUUAACGGACACCCAGAAAAUUGGAAUGGGAUUAACAGGAUUUGGAGUGUUUUUCCUGUUCUUUGGAAUGAUUCUCUUUUUUGACAAAGCACUACUGGCUAUUGGAAAUGUUUUAUUUGUGGCUGGCUUGGCUUUUGUAAUUGGUUUAGAAAGAACAUUCAGAUUCUUCUUCCAAAAACAUAAAAUGAAAGCCACAGGAUUUUUCCUGGGUGGCGUAUUUGUAGUCCUUGUUGGUUGGCCUUUGAUAGGUAUGAUCUUCGAAAUUUAUGGAUUCUUUCUUUUGUUCAGGGGCUUCUUUCCUGUGGUCGUUGGCUUCAUUAGAAGAGUGCCAGUUCUUGGAUCUAUCUUGAAUUUACCCGGCAUUAGAUCAUUUGUAGAUAAAGUUGGAGAAAGCAACAAUAUGGUAUAACAACAGUACAUUGAAGACUCAUUUAAAAUAUUGUAUUAUUUAUAAAAUCUUUUGAAGAAUAUCCAGCACAGAUUAAAUUACAUGAAAUAGCUUGUAAUGUUCUUUACAGACAUUUAAAAUGUAUACCUACAAAGUACCAACAACAGUUAACAAAGAAGCAGUGACAACAGGCUUCUAAUCAGGUGAUGUAAGAAGACAGCAAGCAAACUGAAGGAGAUGAAAUCUGUUACAUUGCAUAUUGAAACUCUUGAAGGCGAUUUUUAAUUUUUUUCCACAAUGUGCGAAACACAACUAUCCUCAGAGAGCUAUGGUGCCUGAUUCCUUUUUAUUUUUUUUAUUUUGAAGAUUCAGGGGCACCCAUAGGCAUUUGCUUUUUAGAAAUGUCCACUGCAACUGGAAAAAUAUUUCCAUUUGCACCGUGUCUCCGAAAGUGAUGCAUGGGUUAGAUUGGAUUAUGUCAUGUCAUUUUAAUGUAUUAAAACCUAGGAAAACCCA